AUGAAAAAGAUCACUCCCAAUCCGCCAUGCUCGGACCAAUCCGGCACGGAUAUCUUCUGUAUCGCCCAACACAUCGACCCCGAAACCCUGCUGGUACAAGCCUGCGAAACCCUAGCCUCGCUAAACGCGAUCACUACCGAUCUGGCCUUCGAGUUUGACGGAGCGUUACGCCAUAAACUUCUCGCCACCCAACAAUUAAGCGUCUUGGGCGAAUUGCUGGUGACACGCGCGCUGGACAUUCUUGUGCCCACGGCUGAUUCAGAAGCAGCAGGCAGGACCGCUUCCCAACAC